AUGCCUUCCUCUUCACCUGCUACCAACCCCAGCAAUGGAUACAGCAACAGCAACAGCUCUGGUGGCUCGACUUACACGGGUGGUCAGGGCACCUCUAAUGGUGCUAUGCUGAGCCAGUGGGCCACAACUCGAGACAGAACAGAGAAUUUUUACGUCACAGGUGAAAGAACAGGCCGAGGAGCCAUGGCAGGCAUCGAUGUGACUCAAAAAUUUGAUGCCUACUUCAACAGAAGUAGAUAA